CAGAUCUUCAACCGACGGUCAUCAGUUACAUUUGAUCCCCUUAUUUAUGUACAUUAACAUUGAAUAUGCUUGAACUAAGCCGGUGUAUCUUAGUGACUAUUAGUGCUUGUAUCUACCUGAGCGGCGUAGACACCGGCUUCACUACUACCAAAAUCAGUCCGCGACCAAUUUGGAAUUCCACGGACACUGACAAACUUCGCAAAGACCUCUUGUUGAAUUACGACAAAUUCGCAAGGCCUGCUCAACAUUUCAAUGCAACUGCUGUAAGAUUUGGUCUGGCCGUUCUGCAUGUAGAUGUGAACGAAUUUAAGUCUACGUUCACUGUCUACAGUAUCCUUCGUUUGGCAUGGACAGAUGAGAAGCUAAAAUGGAAUAGCUCCGAAUACGGAGGAAUAAAGCAGCUACAUCUAGCUGAACACGAAAUAUGGCAACCCGAUAUAUCUCUUUUCAACAGUGCCAGCACUAUAUCAGUGAAUCACUACACCAACACCCAUUUUGUAGCAUAUUCAUACGGUGAAGUGUCUUGGUCACCACCAGCUCAGUUCACUGUUCUUUGCAACUUUGACUUGAGGUACUGGCCUUUCGACACCCAACAAUGCCAUUUACAUUUUUUGUCUUGGACAUAUAGCGGAGAUCAGAUAGAUAUCGACUUCAUUGACUCUAAACCCAUCAGUCUAGAUUUAUUAAUAAACCAUACAGAAUGGACAAUUGUAGAAGCUACUCAGAAGAAAAUUAGCAAAGACUACCCAUGUUGUGAUAUUGCCUACCCAUAUUUGGUAGUAAACUUUACCAUAGCUCGAUCAUCGCCUUCAUACAAAGCUAUCAUUGUCACACCAACGUUUGUUAUAAUCGCGCUGACCCUAGUCAACUUUUGGCUUCCACCGCAAGCUGGUGAGAAAAUCAUCAUCAACGGUUCUACGGCGCUGAUGAUAUGCUUGUUUAUGUUAUAUUUUACACAAAAGUUGCCGGCCAUGGGAACACACACUCCACUCAUUGUGAUGUUCUAUAGCAGCUGUUUGUACAUAGUGACAUUUUCGAUGAUCGGAUCCGUGAUAGUGAUGACAAUUUCGAGAACUAAGCACUCCAAAUCUCUCCCAUGGAUAAUCAAGCAACCCUUGACUGGGACAUUUGGAAAACUUUUAGGUCUUGGACCGUACAUCAAACAAUUGACAGUGACGCAUCGAGUGACAGCUGAAGAAAUGAGAGAUCACCAAGUGUCCGAUUUCGAUGAUGCCACUAGCAUAGAUGAAAGGCACAUUAUGGGAUCUUCUUCUCGUAUGAGCAAAUCAUCAACUCAAGAUGACUGGAUCCUGCUUGCCGCUGCAAUUGAUAGGAUUUCAUUUGUUUUCUACUGUAUCCUAUUUGGUAUCCUGUCGAUAGUUUACGCUGUGUGAUUUUUUCAAUAAAAGUGUUAUCUGACAAACUGCUUUUGUGUUGGUACUUCCCC